UUAAAAGACCUUAUUAAGAUUGAACUCAAUCGCUACAAUAUACUAAAAGUGAACUGCUAACUCUCUCUAGGGCGUUUGAGCCGCUAGGGUUUUUUGUCCGUUCUCGUCUUCAUCGACGGGGUUUGGUGGCUGUUUGGCCAAAGUUUAGGCUGGGGAUUUAGAGGGCGUAGCAGGUUUUGACUUCGAUUUGGUUUUGCUUGGGCUCGCUGGUCUGCUAUCGCGGGUCUGGGUGCUGUUUCGGUCUUGGUCGGUGUUUGGCUUCGGUCCGGGUUCGCUGUGGCCGAGGUUCGUCGGGCCCUUCGAGGACUGUUCGUGCCGGUGCCGAGUUUGCUGCAUGGAGAAGAUCGCAGACCUGUAUCGCAGGAUGAGUGUUGAAGACGAGGGUGUGGAGCUGAGCUGUGAUGAACCCGAUUCCGAAGAGAAUUCCAAUGAGGAUGCUCGACCGGUCUUCCCCGUGGUGGGCGCGUUGAUAACAGACAGGAAAAUCAAAUUUUCAACUUUCAAAGAGAUGAUGGCGUCGCUAUGGAGGCCAGGAAGGGGCGUGGAGAUCAAGGAGAUCGAGGAAAAGAGUUAUUGGUCACUCUGAGAAAUUCUGCCCGCUUAUGUAUGAGGAAGGCUUGGUGCUGGAAAAAAGGUUUGGUCUGUCGCUUAAGGCAGGAAGUGGGGUGAAGACUAGUCCUAGAGGUAAAAAUAAAUGGAUGGUUGGGGAAGGUUCAUUUUCGGGCAGGAAUUCACAGGAAUGGGAGAACAAGGGGUCAGACGGAAGAGCACAAGGGGACAAGGAGGAUACAGUGGUCUCGGGUAGUGGCUCUACUAAGGAAGUGGUUCUAAAACAUACUGAAGAAUCAUCAGGAGAGCAAAAACGCAUACAUAUAUGGGAAGCAGGGACAUCACAGGAACAAGGGGGACGAGAUGGCACUGGAUGUCUGGAUGGGACAAAAAAUGGAGAGGAGACGGGCUUAGAGAGGUAAGCUUGUCAGCGGCUAGGAAACGAGAAGAAAAUUUAGAUUAGUGCCUCAUUGUGCUUUUUGGAGGAUCCAGUUAUUUUUAUUUUAUGGUUUUUAUUUAUAUCGACUGUUAUUUGCUUUCUAGUUGAUUUUGUUGCUCUGAUUUAAAUUGUAAGACGACGGUUUUGGAUUUGGAUGUGGGUGAUCAUUUAAGUGCGAUUAUCGUCACUGGCUCAGUUGUGUGCAUUAAUGGAUCAACGAGUUAUAUUACCGAGGUGAUUAACUCUGAUUCUGGUUCGCGG